UAUAGUUUUCUUCUAGUAUCGAAUGUGAUAUCCUACGAAAACACACGUCAAUAUAAUGGCCGUACAUAUCGGUAUGUUGUAACAUCUACAAGUGAUCCAAGCAAAUGGGUCGAUUUCUACACUGCUGAAAAAGACUGUAAAAAAUGGGGAGGGCAUUUGACAAGUAUCCAUACUGAUCAAGAAUUCAACUUUGUCAAGGUAUUAAGUAUAAUUUACUAUCUACAGAAUGAAUGAAAAUGACGGAGUCCUACUCUUAAGCUGAAUUUUUCACUGCAUAAUUCUAUAAUUUAUUAUUGCAUGUGCACGUGUAGCCUGUGUCCCAGUUAGUGCACGUGUAUCUAAUUCGCGGACAUAUAUCAUAUAUACUAACAAAGAAUUAUUGACCCAAAGAUUAAGUAUCCCACAAUGUACAAUAAUUCCAGAAGUCCUGUGUACUAAAAAUUGCGCGACAUAUUAAGUACUUCUAAGAUCUAUUGAUCGUUGAUUGUUGCGCAGAGCGUAUAUCAGAUGUGAUGUUGAUUGUUGUUUUUUAAGCCGAGUGCAUGCAACCCUACACUUAAUGAGGACAAUGAGCAUAAGCUCUGCAGCUAAUAAAUAAUCCAACUCUGAAUAAAAGCGUGCAAUGCUCGAUGCAGCUCAUUUGAUAAUUCUCUAUUCUUGUAAAACACAUACACAACGGUAUUUAUCGAAGAUACAUCAACGGUGCAGCAAACACAUUAUGAGGCAACCGCAGAAGGUCAACCAUCUAACCCACCUCAGUUCCUUAUACAGUGGAAAUUCUACAUGUAUUAAAAUUGCAUGUCAUUGGAACAUAUAUUAUAAGUAUACUCGGGAGGUGGGUGGUGCUUUUUGUGCAAUUUGAUUGGUUGCUCAGUUCUGGAUAUCCUUGCACUAUAUCCGAACCAAAACAAAAUGCCAUCCCGUUUUCCUCCGGUUACACGGACAAGCAAUUUUUUUACUAAACUAAGUUGCGGUUCCGCCAAAUACAAAAAAGCGACAAAGUUUUGUUUAAACGCCUACUUACAUUACAAAAACUUUUGGCUAAACUGUCGUAUGUAACCUGCUUAAUUAUAACUUUAGUUGUACCUACGGUGUAAAUUGCUUACACAGCUCGCCUACGAUAUAUGUUGUCGUAAGCGAGUUGUGUGCUUGACUCAAUUUGUAUGCAGGUUUCAUGCGACAUACAAUAGAGGUAUUCUUUAAAACUGGUUCUAACGAAUAAAAUUAGUAAAAGUUUGUAAAUACUGUUAUGUUUACAACUAUUACGGGAGUUCAUGCGGGAGUUGUAACACAAAUUGCAUGUUUCAAAUAUAUUUUCGUGUUUUUGUCAUGGUAUAAUAUCAAUUAGUAUGGUAUACAUAUGUGCUCAUUGUCAGUGAAUAGUGCAACGAUAUUCACCUUCGCGUCUCGGCGGAAUUAUCUGCAAUCUAUAUUUGAAUAUUAAAAUGUAAAUUGGGUAUAGAAGAAGAUGCCAACUUACGGCGUAUCCAUGCAUUAGCAUUGCAGUGUAAAAAUAUUAUUUUUUCUUGUUGUAUAGUCGCUUGUUACGAGAAACGCGCUGACAUACGUCGGUUUUGAUGUGAACCGCUGGUCAGAUGGCACGACGGUAGACUACUCUUGUUGGAAAACGACGCCGGGCACGAAACUGACAUAUAGACGAGGGUCAAGAAAAGUGAAACAACCAGCAUAUAUAUGUCGCAAAUGA